CAGCCUCCGCAGCCAUUCGGAGGUGUGCAUUCCAAACUUCCCCUUCGAGUCCAUCUCCAUCUCUCUCGUGACAUCCAGCGACGAGGAGGAGUGUGGUCUUUAGGACCGUGAUUAGGAUAGGGAGGAUUCUGUAAAAGAAGGGAUGGUUCUGUUAAGACUCAGCAUCAGCGUCUGGUCCUCGACCCACUUCUGUCCUCCGGCGUGAGCUGGACUCUUGUUUGGGGAGGAACAUGUCACAAACUAGGAGGAGCACCUUCAGCAGGACCUCCGGCGGCACCAGGAUGAGCUCGGACGGCGGCAGCGGGGGCCGGCCCGCCAAGGUGGGCUCCCUGGUGGAGGUCAUCGGCAAGGGGCAGCGCGGCACGGUGGCCUUCAUCGGCGCCACGCUCUUCGCCUCGGGCAAGUGGGUCGGCGUCAUCCUGGACGAGGCCAAAGGCAAGAACGACGGCACCGUGCAGGGCAAGCGCUACUUCACCUGCGAAGAGAAUCACGGCAUAUUUGUCAGGCAGUCACAGAUCCAGCUGGUUGAUGACGGUGCUGACACCACGUCCCCAGAGACACCUGAGUCUAGUGCCACCAAGCUGCCAAAACGAGACAUCCCGGAGACGUCCAAGUCCACCAAACUGCGAGGAGUCAAGCCCAAAAAGACUCCGGCACCUCGCAAGACCACGGCCAGGCGGCCCAAGCAGACGAGUCGCCCCGCUGGCUCAGCAGGCAAGAGCCAGGCGUCCAGUUCCGCCUCGGCGUCGGCCGGCGAGAUGAGCAGCAGCGAGCCCAGCACACCGGCCCAGACCCCUCUAGCCGCCCCGGUCAUCCCCACCCUCCACUCUCCUGGAAACCCUCCUCCGCCUCCCGUCCCCAGCAAGGAGGAGGAAGCUCUGCGCGCUGAGGUGAAGGACCUGGAGGAGAAGCUGGAGACCCUGAAGAUGAAGCGCACGGAGGACAAGGCCAAGCUGAAGGAGCUGGAGAAGCACAAGAUCCAGCUGGAGCAGCUGCAGGAGUGGAGGAGCAAGAUGCAGGAGCAGCAGGCCGAGCUCCAGAAGCAGCUGAAGGAGGCCAAAAGGGAGGCCAGAGAAGCCCUGGAGGCCAAGGAGCACUACAUGGAGGAGAUGUCCGACACGGCCGACGCCAUCGAGAUGGCAACGCUGGACAAGGAGAUGGCCGAGGAGCGGGCCGAGUCUCUGCAGUUGGAAGUGGACUCCAUGAAGGAGAAGGUGGAGGAGCUGACCAUGGACCUGGAGAUCCUCAAGCACGAGAUUGAAGAGAAAGGUUCUGACGGUGCGGCAUCCAGUUACCAUGUCAGGCAGCUGGAGGAGCAGAACGGCAGACUGAAGGAAGCCCUGGUCAGGAUGCGAGACCUGUCGGCGUCGGAGAAGCAGGAGCACGUGAAGCUGCAGAAGCAGACGGAGAAGAAGAACACGGAGCUGGAUGCUUUGAGGGCCCAGAAGGAGAAACUCCAGGAAGAAAUGUCGCUGUCAGAAAAGAUGGUUGACGAGCUGAAAGAGCAGGUAGGACUCAUAGAGUGUUCUAGACCAGCCAAGGAGGAGAAGCAGGGCCAGGCGGUGCUGGUGGGGCGACUGAUGGUGCCAUGUCCCCCAGGACAGGAGCAGGUGCACCGGCUGCUGCUCACACAGCGACAACUACACCAUGUCCACAACUUGCUGACUGUCACCUGA